GACAGACAGGGGAGGGGGAGCGACGUGGAGGGCGGGAGACAUACGAGCUGCUGAGUAGAAGAAUCGAGCAGCGAACUUGUCCGAGCGAAACUGUGACAUAACGCCAGAAGAUCCACGACUGGUUGGAUGAAGCUUGCUGUUCUCGUCAGAGGAACGUGGGACGGCCUUGGAACAGCGCGAGUAUAGGCAACAUGGCUGCGUUGUUUACGGAGCUACCCUCCUAGAAAUCCUUGUAUCGUGACUUAUACCUGGGCAACCCUGAAAUCUGUGGGCAUACACACUAGUGACUCCAAGUGUAUGAGGGAUGACAACCUCUCAUCUGAAUGGACAUGUUGCUGGAGAAGGAGGAGGAAGAGGAGGAGAUGAAGAGCUGAGGGUAGGACAGCAGCACAGGGAAAUGGCCGUCGACUGUCCGGGAGAACUGGGGAGCCGGACACUGCCAGUCCGGCGAUCUGCUCAACUCGAGAGAAUAAGACAACAUCAGGAGGACUUGCGUCGACGUCGAGAGGAGGAAGGUCGGCAGCUGGAUCUGAAUGCUUCACUCAGGCUGAAGCAGCUCUCCCAGAAUCCUCACAUUGGCAUCGACAACCCCACAUUCCUUCAGGACACACACACGUCACAGCAACCACCACUGAGCAGUCAGCACACUUUGCUUGAGUUGGAUGAGUUGUUGCUGUCACUGAAGCAAGUCCGGGGCUGUCUAUCCGACCAGCAGAGUCAGAAUGACAUAGAGCUGGUCCUUGCACUACUUAACAAGUCAGAGUUCCAGUCUGCACUUAAGAUCCAUAAUGCAGUGGCCAACAACAUGCACAGACCCUCUCCCCCAUACCCACAAACACACCAGGCACUACAGCUGGCACUGGAGGUCAGAAAUCUCAGCCAGACAUGUCAGAACAAAGAAGGACUGGAACUCUGCAGUCUCCUAUCAGACAUUCGCCUCCAGUCUUUGCUUCUGGCACAUGACCGCAUCGCAGAGAAAGAAAUGGAACCAGAACCACCGACCAGCCAAACAGAGACACUGACACAAUGGGGAGAAGAGACUGUAAAGAUUGUUCACAUAGAGAAGGCCCGAGACAUACCACUGGGGGCGACGGUCCGGAAUGAAAUGGAAAGUGUGAUUAUCAGUAGGAUUGUUCGAGGAGGAGCAGCCGAACGCAGUGGACUUUUAGCAGAAGGAGAUGAAAUAUUGGAAAUAAAUGGCAUUGAAAUAAAAGGCAAAGAUGUCAACCAAGUCUUUGACAUUCUAGCGGACAUGCACGGCCUGCUGACCUUUGUACUCAUUCCAAGUACUCAGAGCAAACCUCCCCCAGUCAAAGAGAAUGUAGUUCAUGUGAAAGCACAUUUUGACUAUGACCCAUCAGAUGACCCCUAUGUGCCAUGUAGAGAGUUGGGCUUGUCCUUCCAGAAAGGAGAUAUUCUCCACAUCAUCAGCCAGUCUGACCCCAAUUGGUGGCAGGCAUAUAGAGAUGGAGAUGAAGAUAAUCAGCCUCUUGCUGGAUUGGUACCAGGGAAGAGUUUCCAGCAGCAGAGAGAAGCCAUGAAACAGACAAUAGAAGAAGACAAAGAGCCUGAGAAGUCAGGAAAGUUGUGGUGUGCCAAAAAGAACAAGAGAAAGAGAAAGAAGCUGCUUUACAACACUCAGAGAAAUGAUGAUAUUGAUGAGGAAAUUCUGACCUAUGAGGAGAUGGCCCUGUACCACCAGCCAGCCAAUCGGAAGCGGCCAAUAGCAUUGAUUGGGCCAACCAGCUGUGGGCAGGGCGAGCUUCGUCAGAGACUUCUGAAUAACCACCCUGAACGCUUUGCUGGGGCUGUACCUCACACAACGCGGAGCCGGCGAGAUGUAGAGCUCGGUGGUCGAGAUUAUCAUUUUGUUUCUCGUCAGAUGUUUGAGACCGAGCUGGCUGCUGGCAAGCUGAUUGAGUCCGGCGAGUUUGAGAAGAAUCUAUAUGGAACCAGCACGGACUCAGUGAGACAGGUCAUCAACACUGGGAAAAUAUGUGUACUUUGUCUACAUACUCAGGCCCUAAAGGUGCUGAGGAGUUCAGAUUUAAAACCAUACAUCAUCUUCAUAGCACCGCCUUCCCAAGAAAGACUCAGAGCCUUGUUGGCGAAAGACCAUAAGAACCCCAAGCCCGAGGAGCUACGGGACAUCAUUGAGAGAGCACGGGAGAUGGAGCAAAGCUGGGGUCACCUGUUUGACGCCAUCAUAGUUAACACAGACCAGGACAAAGCCUACGGCGAGCUACUAAGACUCAUCAACAAACUGGACACAGAACCCCAGUGGGUGCCCUGCUCCUGGUUGCGCUGACAUUCUCUCUCGCUCUCUCAAUCUCUCUUUCUCUCACGCACGUGCAGACAGACAUACGGUGCUUAACAAAUUCGAUACUCCACCACCUAAUGAAAGGUUUAUGCCACUGCUGCUCGAGAUAUUUUUUGAGGGCAUGUUAUAGUAGCACUUUGCUGAAUAUUCAUGAAUUUUCAAAUGUAGUUUCUUUUUAAAAAUGGCGAUAUUUAAUUAACAAGAUGUCAAGUCAUAGUGAAUGACUUGCAUUUCCGAAUAGAAAAAAAACGUUUUAGUGAUUGAAAAAUAUGCUUGAUCAAUUGAACUACUAUGAGAAAUUCCUCAUUUCGCUGCAAAAUACUAACAUAAGAGCACAUUGAAAUCGAAAGAAUCCACAAUAAAGCACCCGAAACAAGUAGGUGGUGGUGAUCCGAUACUUUUUUUCAAGCGCUGUGCGGUAUGUAAUUUUUUUAUAGCGUAAGUACACAGUGCCCGGACUAUUCAUUCAGCGGUGCUGUAUCAUUUACAAGGUACUUAGGGCACUGUUGGAGAAAUAGUUGUUGGUGUCAAGUGAACUCGCAAUCACUACAUACUACCUCCACUGAUCCAGUCACAUUCCAAUCAAAGCUGUAAUACUUACUGUAAAUGAAAAGCUUUGUCAGAUUAGAAGACUCCUUAAAUCAUUGUAUUCUUUGCAUUUUACUUUGAUGCUGCAUAGAAGAUGUCAGAAUGAAAGAUUUGCUAACAGUGGAUUUAGUCAGUUGCCAAGAGUAAUGAAAGCAAGUUCAUGUGUGUAUUUACACGAUUAAUGUCACACAAAGCAUUCAUUUGAACACCGAACAGAUUCUGCACUAUAUUGCACUGUCCUCUAUUUGUCACGCUUUUGUGCUGUCUGGCACAGUAAUCAUUCCUGAUGGCACCAAAACAUGGACCUUCAACAUUUUUAUGCAUUUUUUUAAGGGCAAUUUUUUUUUUCUUGCGAUGACCUCAUCCUGUUGUCAUUUCAACCAUCAUAAUUGAAUAUAUAAAUUAUUGAAGUGAAUUGUUUUUACUUGGUGCGGUAUGAAGAAUCCAUGUACACAGAUUUUUUUUUUUUUAGUUCCACCUAUUUGUUGUUUGUUUUUAUAAUGAAGUACUGGCUUGGCCGAUGUCCUGAGCACGCCUAUUGAUGAGGCCUAUUUAGUAGUAAAUGUGAAAAUCACUAUUGGGAUCUGUUAAUAUACACAAACAUUGAAUACAAAUUCAAGACUGUACAUGUACUGCUAUGUGACACGUGUUAACGAUACUGGAGGUGGUGAUUGAUAGCUCCCAAACCGCAGCCUUGUGAACUCGAAUGACUGACCGGUUGGGCAUGUAGUUUUGACAGCGUCCUUUUGAUAUUAAUAAUAUGAACACAGCACUUGAUAUUCACAUUCUUGGCUGACUGUUUUAUGUUCUCACUUACCUUCAACUCUGUCCCGUCUGAUCACAUUAUCAUGUAAAUGACCAAUGAGCCUUGAGGAGUGAAGGGCUGUAAAGAAAGCAUGAAGGUACAUUGUUGCAUUCCGAAAGGGCACCAGUUGCCAAAUAUAUUCCAUUUUGUGUGUCUGGAUGGGAGUGGAUAAAAAUGUCUCAGAGGACAAUGAAGUAUUAUGACCUGACACAAUAUGGCUGUUCUCACCGUGUAGAGCAUUUAUAUAUUUGUUGUAUUGAAAAUGGGUGUAUGAAGUCCACCAAUAGGAUUACAGGUUUCUCCUACUUCACCUCCCUACUUUAGGUCCAGGAUGAGGUGGGGGUGCGGAGAAGUGGGUUUGAGUAUUGAAUGUAAAAUUAAUUGAUGCCACCUUUAGUUUAUUUUGAUGUCACAUGCUUAAGAAAAAAGCUGUCAUUUUCUAUUGUUAUUCACAAUAAACAAAUAGUUGAUUU